UCGCUGCUUGGUCCCGCAAAGGACUAUGUCAUACCCUGCAAGCGUACCCCGAGGGCAGCACCUGCUGCAAACACCUUUCCCGGAUGGAAAUUUCUUCCCUUUGAUACCUAGUGGUCACUUGGAAAUCCUGCCAUGUACUUGCUAACAUACUGUUUUUAGUACAUGCAGCAGCUUCUCAGGCGUGGUGUGAUCUUCGGUCUGCAGAAGGUAGCUAUUGAAGUCAUAUGUGAAAAUGUUGGGAAAGACUGGAAAAGGCUGAUGCGAAGUCUUGGCUUUCCUGAAGUGAAAAUGGACAGAGUUGUGGCAGCCUAUCCAUUUAACUUGCUUGAACAAUUGAUUCAGUCACUUCGAGAAUGGCAGAAAUGGAAGGGAAAAGAUGCAAAGGUGGCUGACUUAAUAAAAGCUCUUCGGGAUUGUGGGCUGAAUCUGGUGGCGGACAGAGUCGAACAAAAACUCUUGCAAAUGAGCACUGAAACCAAGUGAAAUCAGUAUAAAAAUGCUUUCAUGUCACACCGAUAUGAAUGGAAAACGUAGAAGUGCCUUCUCUUCUUCUGAACAACAAUCAACAUCAUUGGUUCUAUUAGCUAUUCUGCCAUUAAUUUAUAAGCCUUAAAGUUACUAGGUUAAUUUGUUGUCAGAAGACUAACAUGAAAAAAAAAAAAAAGAAAUCAGGUAAUGCUUUGUAGUUUGAUGCUUUGAUUGUAGGCAUUUUAAGAGAAAUUAACUGUCAGAGUGGCUGGGCUCCAUUUUAUAGAAAUCCUUAUGCUUUUGUGCUACCUACCCCCAAACGUAGGAUUUCUUUUACUGCUGGCACUUUUGAAAUUUGUUCUCUGGAAUUACAUCCAUGGGAUCAUUUCUGAUGAUUCCAAAUUUCAUUGAACUCCUCCUUCUAUUUUUUUUUUUUUUUGUGGCAUAUUCGUAACUGUAGUGUGAAAGGAGGAGGGAGAUAGAGCUCGCAACUGUGUACUGGGGUUGUGGGGUUCUUUGUUUGUUCAGAGUAGCAUAAGAUAACGUCUUCUGUGAGUUGCUGAAUGCCUUUGCCCUCCUUAAAAGGACACCAAACAGAUUGUGACCCCAGGCCCUGAAGCUGCAGUGCAGGAGGGCUCGUAACUAUUGUGGUGGCUGUUUCUCAGCAGAAAGUGUGCCUGUUUUGAG